AUGUUUUCUUGGACGUCUCUCACAAGAUUCCAGCAUUCCCUACAUCGAAUCCCUUCCAUUCGACCCCGGGUUAUCUUCAGCCAAUUACAACCCUCCAUGUCAUCGUCGUCAUCAUCCUCCUCGCCAGCCAGCACUGCCACCACCAUUGGAGGCUUCAGAGAUGGUGACAAAUCGGAGUUUGAUAAGUUUUUGACGCCGGUUUCGGGAAUUGCGGUGGUUGGCUCUGCCUUGGGAUUUUGGUAUUUGUCCAAUUCUUUAGGUGAGGAUUCUGUUCAGGCAUUUGCUGACUAUGCAAGGGAAGAGAAUCAGCUCCAACAACAGUAUGAGCCUCCAAAAAACCAAUCCUUCAUCUUCAAUGAUAGCUAUAGAAGACGAGUAUUUUUCAAAUAUGAAAAACGAAUUCGCUUGCAAAGUCCCCUUGAAAAGGUUUUUGAGUACUUUGCAUCAGUGAGAGCACCAGGGAGUCGUGAGGCGUUCAUGACGCCAGCAGAUUUGAUGCGAGCAGUGGUGCCUGUGUUCCCACCAUCAGGAUCAUCUCGUGUAAGAGAGGGUUGUCUCCCUGGAGAGCAGCAUCCUGGUGAUCUCAGUUGUCCUCCUUCUCAGUUCUUCAUGCUUUUUGACACUAACAAUGAUGGUCUCAUUUCUUUUCCUGAGUACAUCUUCUUUGUUACUCUCUUGAGCAUUCCAGAGUCAGGCUUUCAAGUGGCAUUUAAAAUGUUUGACCUUGACAACAAUGGGCAUAUAGACAAGCAAGAGUUCAACAAAGUGAUGGCAUUGAUGCGAAGUCAGCACAGACAAGGGGAUGUAACUGGUGUAGAAGAUGGGGGUCUCUUGCAGUAUUUUUUUGGCAAAGAAGGAAAGGACUGUUUAAAUAUUGAGAAAUUUGGCCAAUUCUUGAGAGACCUACAUGAUGAGAUAUUGCGGUUAGAGUUCUCCCACUAUGACUACAAUGAAAGAGGAAGCAUUUCAGCCAGAGAUUUUGGGCUGUCCUUGGUUGCAUCUGCUGACAUCAAUCACAUAAACAAGCUGUUGGAUCUAGUUGAUGAAUUGGAGAAUAACCCACAUCUCAGGGACAUAAGAGUUACACUUGAAGAAUUCAAAGCCUUCGCAAAAUUGCGCAAGAAGUUGCAGUCCUUCUCUCUGGCCUUGUUCAGCUAUGGGAAGAUAAAUGGGGCCUUGACCAAAACUGAUUUCCAGAGAGCAGCAGCUCAGGUAUGUGGGGUUACAAUUACAGAUAAUGUGGUGGACAUAAUAUUCCAUGUGUUUGAUGCAAACCGAGAUGGAGAUUUAAGUGCAGAUGAGUUCAUCAGAGUCAUUCAAAUGAGACAGCAUAAUCCAUCACGUCUAGGUUGCAGGAGUAUGAUGUCUUGCUUGUUCAGCUGUGCAAGAAACUGUUCCUCAGCCAAGCUUCAAUUUUGAAUUAUAAAUAUUAUGACUUUGAAGGACCCUGUGGUCGACAUGAAUAUCCAUCAUUAAUGAUCUGUAAUUUCGAAAUCCUCAAGUCUCUUCUUGUAAUGAUCAGUAGUAUCAUGUAUCUGUAGUCUAGUGGACAAUUCAUCUACAGUAGAAAAGGGAGAUUCUCUAACCAAGAGAAGGCAUUGUGCCUCCCAAGAAAUGUGUAGUCUUCUUGUUCCUUUCGCAAGGUAACAAGCUUUUCUUUUCUUUCUUUCCUUUCUCUUUUUCUUUUUGUGUGUGUGAGAGAGAGAGGGAGGGAGGGAGAGAAGCUUUCAUGUGUUGAUUUGUAUAUAAAUGCCUGCUUCUCUAAAUAUUCUAGUUUCUUGGGAUAUUUUUUGGUCCACCAUACUGAUAGCUUACUCAAUGUUAAUGUUAGAUACACAAACCAAAUUUAGUUAUCAUCUUCCCUGGUAGCAGCGAGGACAAAAUGCAAUGCAAGAUGAUAUUUAAGCCUGCAAUUUAUGAAACUGAUGGUAAUGCCUGCAUGAUUUACAGAUGACAAACUAGAUUUUCCCAGAGCCAUUCUUGGGUCUGUUUGAAUCCAAAAAAGCUAUAUUUUAGGGAUGGA